CUCGGUGCUAAACAACGGUGUACGGGCGUCGAUCGCCCUUCACCUCGCCGAUCGAUCCCCCUUCGUAGUUCCGCUGCCGAUUCAGCAUGGGAAACAUGAUGGACGCGGCGAAGCGCGGAACAGUUCACCCAUCUUCCCAGGACAAAUACGAAGACACCUUCUUUGCCUGCGGAGAACUGAAGAAAAUGACGAGUUUGACCCUAGGAAAUGAAAGAAAGGCGAUCUACCAAGUGGACCUCAAAAGUCGACGACCACCGAUGCCUUGGAUCACCCAGUACGACCUGAAGGGGUUCAUAUCGGCGUCGGACGGCUUCCUCUUCUACGGGCUGGAUUGGAAGCUGCACGUGCUGAGGCUAAAAGGCAGGGACCCGAAAUCGGGGCCGUUCAAUUGGGAUGACGUCAUCUUCACGCCGUUCGAAAUAAGGCGUUCGUCGGCGUGUGCGGCGCAACGGAAAAUUUUCAUUUCGGGGAGCAUGGACGAGAUUUCAGAGAAGAAGGUAUCGAUGUACGAUCAGGGUUCUAAGCGGUUCUACGCCAUGACCCCGAUGACACAGGGUCGGGCCAGGCAUUCUUCCUUGGUCUGGGAGAACCUCCUGGUCGUCGUCGGUGGGUUCUACAACAAAAAAAUGUUGCCGUCUGUUGAGGCGUUCGACUUGAAAGCUGGGAAGUGGACGGUCUUGCCACCUCUGCCGCAGCCGCUCUGUCACCAUGCGAUGUGUGUUUGGGCGGACAAGCUCAUCGUGGCCGGGGGGUACCUCAAAAACGAAAACCGAACGGACAAGGUCUGGUCACUGGACUUCAACAUGAUGAAGGACUGGGAGGAGUGGCCGCCGAUGAUCACGCCCAGGGACUCCCACGGUCUCAUCCCUACGGAAGAAGGGACCCUGGCCGCCCUGGGGGGCAACAGGGGCCCUCCGACCGCAGAGGUCAUGCAAAGGGAUGGCAAGUGGACUCCUCUGGACCUCAAGGCCGACUUCAUCGCGUUGGAUAAAGCCACCUGCAUGAGAUUCUGA